CUCGGCUUUCUCCUCGGCGACGCGUAUGAACCAAACAACUCCCCCGCUGUUUUCCAGCAUCACCAAUUUUAUUUUUUCCUUUUUAUUUCAUCAUUAAUUAAAUUAAAUUAAAUUAAAUUAUUAAUUUGUUUUUCUCUUUGUAUUUUUGGUUUUAAUCGAGCUGCUUGCAACAAACCAAAAACCGAACUGAAACCAAACUUGGAACAGAAGGAUCAGCGGCCUCUGGUUUGAGUUUUCUUUCUUCUCUCUCUAAAACCGUAUCUUCUCUUGUGAAAGUCUCGUCUUUUUUCCUUCCAACCUCUCAUGGCAUUUCCUUUCCCUUCCCUUCUCCUUCAGGUUAAGAUUGAUUCGAUUUUGAGAUGAUCCUGGAAACGUGAAGACUGUUUUUGGUUUCAUUAGUUUGCAAAAAUUGCUAAAUUAGGCUAUUCUUUUUUUGUUAUCUAUCAAUAUCUUCAGCUAAAAUAUAGAGGUUAUCGAGUAGGCUUGUGUUUGUGUUAUUUCCUGAUUUGGAUACAAGUGAUAAGAGGUGGAAAAUUUGAAAGCUCAAGCGAUAGUAUGGGCUAUCUGAAUUCCGUGUUGCAAUCUUCAACCCAGAUUCAUGCUGAAGAUGGACCUGUCAGCGGUGGAGGCCUUAGUCAGAAUGGAAAGUUCAGCUAUGGCUAUGCAAGCUCUCCAGGGAAAAGGUCUUCGAUGGAAGAUUUUUAUGAGACAAGGAUUGAUGGUGUUGAUGGAGAGAUUGUUGGUCUUUUUGGAGUGUUUGAUGGCCAUGGAGGUGCUCGGGCAGCUGAAUAUGUGAAGCAAAACCUGUUCAGUAAUUUGAUCAGGCAUCCCAAGUUCAUAUCUGACACCAAAUCAGCAAUAGCUGAUGCAUACAACCAUACAGACUCUGAAUUUUUAAAAUCAGAAAAUAAUCAGAAUAGGGAUGCUGGAUCAACUGCUUCUACGGCUAUACUCGUUGGUGACCGUUUGCUAGUUGCAAAUGUUGGGGAUUCCCGAGCUGUUAUCUGCAGAGGAGGCAAUGCUAUUGCCGUGUCUCGCGAUCACAAGCCAGAUCAAACUGAUGAGAGACAACGGAUUGAGGAUGCAGGAGGAUUUGUCAUGUGGGCUGGAACUUGGAGAGUGGGAGGUGUUCUUGCUGUUUCUCGUGCAUUUGGGGACAGGCUCUUGAAGCAGUAUGUUGUUGCCGAUCCAGAAAUUCAGGAGGAAAAGAUUGACAGCUCUCUCGAGUUCCUUAUUCUUGCAAGUGAUGGACUGUGGGAUGUUGUUUCAAAUGAGGAGGCUGUCGCAAUGAUAAAACCGAUACAGGAUCCUGAGCAGGCUGCUAAGCGGCUGAUGCAAGAGGCAUACCAGAGAGGUAGUGCAGAUAAUAUCACCUGCGUUGUUGUCCGUUUCUUGGCCAAUCAAGGGGGUUUCUUGGCCAAUCAAGGGGGUUCCUCUCGUAGUCUUCCUGCUUAAGCAUCCCUUCCCAGUAUGGUUUUAGGUUUUGGUUUUCUAGCUGACGGAAAAGUAACGUGAAAUAAACUUGAAUGGUAAUAGCUAGUCUUAGAAAACUAUAGCAGCACGGUAAUGUGUAAGGAUAGAAACACGAAGGAACAAAAUGCGUCAGGCUGCUAACGUUUUAUCACAUCUUUUCAGCCUCUAGAAUAGAAACACUGCAUCCAAAGUGUAGCUUCUCUACUUGCAGUCUCGCACAUAGUCAGAGCCGAAUGUGUGCACGUGUGAAUUUGUAAAGAGUCUCCAGACCAAGUACACUUCUGUAUGUUGUAAAUGUAGUCAACAAACUUGCGUGGUUUUAUUGUUAGUUCACGUUCUUCGUUUUGUGAUGUUCCUUUCAAAUCAUUACAUGGUCCGUAGGGCAGAAUUUAAUGUCCUUAACCGGCUGUAACUGUGGUGUCAUCGUCAAAUCUCUGGGCUUGGGAGUCGAAGUUAAAAACAUCAGAGAGGCGGGAGCCAAUCUGCAUCAAUGCUUGCUUGGAAGAAUCACACAGGCUGUCUAACUCGGACCAUUUCUUUCCUGGUUCCCUCCAAGCCCCGUCGGAAAAAAAAAACAUUGUCAAGAGGAACUGGAUAUGACAACCUGAACCAAAUCGGUCCGAAUAAUAUGAUUUGGGUUAAAUACUUGGAUAUUUUCAACUUUUUGAUGAAAAUUGUACGAAAAUCGAUUAGUUUGAAAUAUAAACAUUUCGUUUCAAAUAAAUUUCUGUUA